AUGGAAUAUGUGUCUGGAAACCACCAAUUCUCCGCAAAGUUAAAGAAGCUUCGAAAUACCCAAGAUGGCCGAAAUUUUAUCUUUGAGCAAUUCCCCAAAGAAUUAUGUCAAUCGUGGAAGACGGAGACGUUGAGCGCCCCGGGACAGAACCAGACAUCUGCUUCUAAGAACAUCAUCAAUGUCCAACCUCUUGACGGCUCUAAUUUCGCAUUGUCCACCUCAUUUCAAUCCUCAUCAACAUCAGAAGAAGAUUCAUCCUCUGAUUCAGAGGACUCCGAUGAAGAAAUCAUCAAUUUCAGACCCGCGAAUCAGAAGCCUAAUUUCAAAUUCGAACCUUCGGCUUUGGGAGCCUCUCUACCGUCCUUCCUUGCUGCAUUGAAGUCAUCCAAUGACGGACUUGCUGCUGGAGUCCCUGAUGAUCAAAAGUUCGAGAUAUCUGAUUCUGACUCCGAUGAGGAACAUAUCGAGAUGAACCUCGGACUUGGCGUAUUGGAGGAAACAUCCGCUGGUCUUGACACCCCCGUCUCCAUCUCUUCGAAACGCGAAUUGUCUAGUGAUGGCGACAACGACGACGACGACGACGAAAACGAGUUGACGCCAUACAACCCAAUUGAUGGUGUCUCAAAAGAUGUAGCUUCGCCAUCCAAAAAGCUUAAGCUGCUGUAUAGUCGCAAGGCGCAAGAUUCAGACACACAGACACUAUCAUUCCCAGCCAAGAGUUCUCAGCUCAACAAUAGCUUUGAAGAUUCAGUAAAGGUCACGUUGACAAUUGGCUACCCAGCGGCUAAAACUUCUCUGUCCAACUCACCAGACCCUCGGCCCAAGAAGCGUUCUUCAACUCCAUUGAAUCAAUCGGGCAGCAAACAUACGGUCGAAAGCCCACAACCACGUCCAGCCAUCUCCUCCGAAUCCGCUGAUAGAGUUGAGAAUGAUAAACUAUACAUCACACUUAAAACCCCCUCGAAAACUACAACAAUAAAAGUGGAUGAUUCAGUUGUCCCGAAAAGCUUAUACCAACACAUAAGUAAUCUUGAGCUCGAAGCCCAGCCUGGUAUGGAGUACAUAGAGCCUCUCGCUGAAGAGAAAACGGCGUUUAUGAGAGAUAUCCUUGCAGAGUUGGAGUCCGGACGCUUGAAGAGCUACACAGUGGUGACUUAA